GUUUAAGAACAAUCUAUAUCUUUGUUAAAUCUCUUCAAAGCUCAGUUGAAACAUUGAGACUUGAGACAGACUCGAGUGCAUAAAGUUACUUUAAUAUUCAACUAUGAUAAAAACCUAAUCAUAUUUAAUGAGGAAUUAAUCGAGAAAUCUUUAUACAAUGAAGUCAUUAAGAUACACGGGAUGAGUGAUCACCAGCAGUGUUGUGUGAUAACUCGUGGCUGAGUGACGGAAGUGUCAUUGGAGUAAUAAUAUUUUCAAAAUGGAAAUGUCUCAGAGAGAUUCAGAAGAUUCUGAGAGUUUCUUCAAAUACUACAGUGAUGAUAACAGUUAUUUCAAUAAAUAUAAGAAGUUAGAAAAAGAGGACUUCGAGUACUUUCUGAGCAGAAGAGGUCUAACUCAAAAGAUAACACCCACUCAACAGUUGAGUGAACUUGCCGAAAAAUAUGACAGGAAAGUUAAUAAAAAUCUCUCGGAAGGUAUGAAUAAUGAAUUGACUUUUCCUUUCACUGACAUCGAAAUAACAAAAAACAAUGGAACGAAAAUUAUUAUAAGAGGGGAGGAGUUAGAGCACUCGCAACAAUACCUGUCUCCAAAAGGCUUGCCGCGUCUCCAUUCAGAGCUGAAGAAUAUUCUUGAGGAGGUGCACCGUCCGCCGCCGCUGGAGAGAGACCUGCUCGUUACCAAUGGAACACAUCACGGUCUGCAGCUGUGUACGGACGUCCUGGUAGACCCUGGAGAUCCUGUCAUAGCCACUGAAUAUUCAUACAUCGGGUUACACGCCAUUUUACGACAAUAUGAGGUAGAGUACCUUGGCAUUCCAGAAGAUAAACACGGUCUCAUACCAGAGACACUGGUCUCUGUUCUGAACGAGAGAUUAACUAAAGGUCUCAAAAUGCCUAAAGUGAUGUACCUCAUACCGACAGUCAGCAAUCCAACAGGUUACCUGAUGACAGAAGAAAGGAAACAGAAGAUCUACGAGAUAGCCUGCAAGUAUAACAUGAUGAUCGUGGAAGAUGAUGUUUAUAUGUACUUAAAUUAUACUGACAUGACAGUUCCGUCAUUCCUGUCGAUGGAUACUGCUGGUCGCGUGUUGCGUGUUUCAUCACUAUCAAAGGUGAUGAUGGCGGGGCUCCGAGUAGGAUGGGUGACCGGACCCACAGAACUCAUCACCACCAUGCAGCUAGCAAGCUACUCACAGAUAGUACAUCCCUGUUCACUGGCACAGACGAUAGUUCUACAUUUAAUAACGGAUCGAGAGUACAUCAAAGAUCAGAUCGUUAAGAAUCGUGACUUUUAUAAGAAGCAGCUAAAUGCUGUUCACGACGCUUUGACAACAAUCGAAGAUCUCAUCGAGUGGGAGAAGCCAGACGGAGGGUAUUACAUUUGGGUGAAAAUACGUGGCAUUGAAGACGUCCGGAACAUGGUUUACCAGACGUCAUUCAUCCACGGGCUAAUGUUGGAACCGGGACACGGUUUCUCUUACGACCACGACAAGCCCUGCCCCUACAUACGACUCACAUUCACUAAAGCUAAUUUGGAUACUCUGGAAGAUGAUGUGAAAACUAUCGGCGACAUUAUACGACACGAGAUAAGACUAUCUGAAGGAAAGAAUCUUGAAAGAUGAGACGUCAUGAGACCGAUGAAGAAAUGCUGUUCAAGCCAACAAAUACUAAUUAUGUUUAGGUCUAUAUAUAUCCUAGCAUUGGUGUAAACUAGAAUAUCAGAUGGAGGGUACAGGAUUUGUUAGCGACGAAUGUAAUUAGGAUUAAUAUCUGUAUUGUUAGAAGACGAUGAGUUGAGUGACGUGAUCGACGCAAGCGGAUGAUAUUAGCAACCGAAUGUCCGAUCGCGCCAAAGUUGUUCUUGUUCGAUGGUCCAGUAAUCUGAGGUAGUUUUUAUCAAAAAAAAUUAGGUCGCACAACCAAUUUAAAAUUUAGGGCCGGAAAAUAGUACCCAUGUCAAAAAAUGGUUGGGAACUGAAACGCUGAGAUCGCUUCACUCAACUUGCACCGAGAGUCUUUUUUCAAGAAAAGCGAGAAAAAAUGCGAAGGUGCAUCUCCUAGCCACAAUAACUGCUGAAUAGUCAUUUGGAAUAUUUUAAUGCGUUGAGACCAGUAGUGAUAAUGAACACAGACAUAUUUGAAAAAAUACUUUUUAUUAAACUAUAUAUGACUUGGAACAUUUUUCUUGUCUCUAGCUUC